AUGCCACGUUACCCAAAGACUGUGUCGGGUGGAGUUGACAGUUCAGUCUCUGCCUAUUUGCUCAAGAAAAAAGGCUUUGAAGUAAAAGGGGUGUUCAUGACCAAUUGGGAUCCCCUGGAUGAAGGUUUACAAUGCUCAGUGAACGAAGACCGUGAAGAUGCGAAACAAGUCUGCGAACGGUUGAAAAUACCGUUUUAUGAGUUGAAUUUUGUUCGCGAAUAUUGGCAAUUUGUGUUUGAACCAUUGAUACAAUCUUACAAAUACGGGGCCACUCCGAAUCCGGAUGUUCUGUGCAAUCGGUUCGUGAAGUUCAAUCUCUUGCUCAAGGCAUGGAAAAUUGAAGCCGAUGCGAUUGCCACGGGACACUAUUGUCAAAAUUCUUACGGGAAUUUCCUCGAGAAUAUUCCGGAAAAUGAAGCGCGUCUGUUACGUAGUGCAGAUCCCGUGAAAGAUCAAACCUUUUGGUUGUCCACGGUAAUAGUCAAUUUUGUUUUACCAGGUUGCGCCUCCGUGUCAUACUACAUAAGAUUUGAGUCCAGGAAUUUGUACGUCGAUAGUACGGAGGAGUUCAAUAUUGUCUGCCUUCCGCCCUUCGGGUGUAGUUUGACAAAGAAGGAGCAGCUUUUGAUAGUGGGUCACACCCGAAUUCGGGAAUAUCUAUAA